AUGGAGAAACGAAUUCCUUCUUGCGACUUCUCCCGCCCUGGGUGCAACAAAUGCUACACUGCUGGGGUCGAGUGUCCUGGCUACGACGACAAGAAGCCGCUCAAGUGGGUCACACCGUGUGAGGUGACAUCUCGACCGCGGAAGAAGACUGUUCAGCAGACUAGUACCAAGCAACAUGUGUCUAGAGACAGAAGUGACAGCCAAGUGGAACCUGUGAGCUUGGGCGUCCCUCGCGAUCGACUGGUCAAUGAGUUUGGAGCGGUCGUGGAGGCUGCAUAUUAUUACAAUUCCUGCAUUCUACCCGAGUAUACUUGCCUGCUCCAGCUUGCCGAAAACCCGUUCAUUACUGCCUUUCCCAUGGAAAGUCUUCCACAUAUCCCACCCCCGAUCCACUGCACGCUUGUCUCUCUAGCGCUGAGCCACCGAUUUCACCGACUACUCCCCCAGAACAGCCGUAGCGAUUUGCGAGAGAUUGAAGCCAAGCAUUACCGGCACCGAGGACAGGCCAUUCGGUAUCUGGGGGAGGAGAUUGGCCGCCCAGACAAGUGUCGUACAGAUAAAACGCUCGCUGGGGUGAUGAUGCUGCUAUUCAGUGAUUCCAGGCAAUCUACUUCCCCCAAUUGGCGUCAUCACUUCACUGGAGUCCUGGAGAUGAUCAUGCUCCGAGGAGGAGUGGAAAAGCUUCUUCACUCGGCUCCACACCUCAAAGCUUUGUUGCUGUAUUUCAUGAUGUAUGAUCUCUCCGUGGGUGGUGAACAUACGCUGACCAGGUCUAGUAUCGGAGUCAUCAGUAACACGACCACUCCACCUUCCGACCAUAUCCCCCUAGGCUCAGAUAUACGGUCGAUCGAUGUGGUCUUCCAGAUGUACGGGGACGGCUUCUUCCCUCUUCUUCUAUGUCCACCUGCACUUUUAGCAAAUAUCAUCCAGAUCAAUCAUCUCCGACUGCAGGCCUUCUCACACCCGUCCACCGAGCACAAAGGAAAGGCUCUGGCGUUGCUAGACCGAAUUACGGCCUUUUCGGCGGAGCAGUGGGCCAUAUCUUGCGCCGCCCCCGAACAAGGAAUAAUCCUUGGCCACGUUUACCGAUCGGCUGUGAUACUGUACUGCAUAUUGUCUCUGCAGAGUCUCUCCGUCCUCCCGCGAAUGGCACAGCUCAAUAGAAUGAGAGUAGCACACACAAAGGAGCUCUUCUCGUAUCUGAAGGAGGCCUGCGAGGCACCUGGGAUGGGAAAGUGCAUGCUCUGGCCGCUCGUUGUGGCCGGAGUGUGCGCUCAGGGCGAUUUGGCCAUGCGACAGUUUGUCGAUCGACAACUCUCGGCUAUGGGGACGGACAUAGGGACGCCUUUACCGCUGCUGGCAACAGUCGUUUUCAGAAACUUCUGGGAGACUCCCCUCGCCGCCAGCCAAAUCUACUCUUUCUCUCCUGCAAGCAAUGUCGUCUAUAGCGUGACAGUACCUGCAAGCACAGUUUCCUCCAACUCCGGUCCGAUAUACUUCCAAAUCCGCGCACCAACCUCGUAUCAAUGGGUGGCUCUUGGCGAAGGCUCGAAGAUGGCAGGCUCUAACAUGUUCAUCAUGUACGCCGCCUCUGCCAACAACAUCACCCUCUCUCCCCGGUCUAGCACGGGUCACUCAGAGCCGGACUACAACUCCGAUGCGCAGAUCGAUCUCCUAGACGGUACCGGCAUCAGCAACGGGUACAUGACCGCCAACGUGCGCUGCAAUAGCUGCCUUCAAUGGACUGGUGGCUCUCUGGAUACGUCCAGCAUCUCAAGUAAAUGGAUCUGGGCAACGAAGAAGGGCUCCGCGAUCGACUCUAGCGACCUCUCGUACAACCUCGCGCAGCAUGAUUCCUAUGGCACACAGACUGUCAACAUGACACAGGCCCGGAUGACCACCGUGAAUGCAACAAACCCGUUCGCUGGGUACAACGCGACAGCAGCCGCACAGACAACAGGAAAAGGAGGGACCGGAACCUCCAAUUCGGCAUUGACAGCCCACGCAGUCAUUAUGAGCAUUGCCUUUGUUGUGCUAUUCCCGUCUUUCGCUAUUUCAAUCCACAUCAUCCCCUACGCCAAAACCGUCCCGCGCAUCCACGCACCGCUGCAACUGUUCACCCUGGCUCUAGUCAUCGCGGGACUCGGACUGGGAAUCUACCUCGGCGUCGAUACCGGUACAAUGGGCAACUACCACCCGAUCAUCGGUCUGGUCGUCGUCGGCAUGCUGCUGCUCUUCCAGCCGCUCAUGGGCUUACUUCAACAUAUCCAUUUCCGACGCACAGGUGGGAAGAGUGUCUUCGCAUACAUGCACCGCUGGCUGGGCCGGUCGAUCAUCGCCCUUGGCAUCGUGAAUGGCGGGUUAGGGUUCCUGCUUACCAAGAAUCAAGGGGAUGAUGCGCCGACUGGGGCGAUCAUUGCAUACUCAGUCGUUGCGGGUGUGCUCGGUGUGGCGUAUAUUAUUUUCGUGGUUGUGCUUCCGUUCAGGUCGAAGGAGAGUGCUGAGGCGCAGAAGAGGGUGUCGUCGAGUGAGUCCAGUGAGGGGAUUCAUUUGCAGGAGAGGGCUUCGUAUCAGUGA